AUGGGAAGUCGCCGCCGACGGGUCGAUAUCAUCAAAGAUAAAGGAUGCAGAGAUUUCAUACGAACCACGUUAAUAAAUACGUGGGGGGUUCCCCCUACCGUUCGAUUGUCUGCGGAGGCUGCCCCGCCGGUGCCAUCUGAUUGCCGUAUCGAGGUUUCCGCCGCCGUAUUCCUCAAUGUGAAAGAAGCUCAAACACCAAGCAAUAAAGCCUUUGGAUCCGGCAAAACAAAUACGAGGCACAUUCCAAUGCUAGAUAUCAUUCGCUCCGCCCACACAGUCGGCAUGACGACUGAGCCUUCUCAUUGGUCGCCGCGAAGCCUUCUCCAAUUCGAAUUGAUAGAGGCGCCACCGUCUGCCGCACGUUUAAUCUCGCCGGAAUCAAAGGACCGCCGCCUCACACCCACCCUAAACGAGAUUCACCUAUCAACUACUACCGACGAACGACACCAUCCACUUGAUAUACAUUGCCGUUUUACUACGAUCGGGACGUGA